CACAGACACCCAAACUCAAAGCAUCACUGUCGAACGGACAGGCAUUAGCCCAGCCCACAGCCAGCCCACAGCACGCCCCGCGUUGGCUGACUUCAAGUCGCCUUUAGAGCGUCCCGAAGAAGCGGAUGUCAGCACUGUCUUCGAUAGCUUUGUUUUGCCCCCUUGACAACCAGGCAAAGAACACCACCCAACUGGCAUCCGGCAACCCUCAGUCUGUGACAAGCGAACCAACUACAUCCUCAAUCUUAUCCGACCACUGAUCAGUGUUGCUAAACGAGGGCACAAGCCGCCCGUGUCUCCUGCGUAUGUAUCGGUAGCCAUCUUACCCUGCUGGAUGUCCACCUCGCAUGCCCGUCACGUCCCUGCCCAAUCGAAAGCAACACCCGCCAUCGCCACACGAUAUACCACGGACCGGGCGCAAUUUUCCAUUGCUCGCGCCCGAUCAGGCAACUGCUGCGCCCGCUGCUUUACUCGUCCAUCGAAACUUCGUCCGGACUCAAGCUGGGAGGAAGCAUUCUGUCUGCCAACCAGCUGACAAAGCGUAAGCGCUUUGCUGGCCCCCGCUGCGACCGACUUUAACCUUUGCUUGGGGCUCUUGAUCCCUUUAGAGACCCAGCCUGCCCGUGCUUUGGGCCUUGUCUCACGAGAGCCAUAGCAUUCCCAAAGGACAGCCGGCAUCCCUGAGCCUCAUAACAUCGUUCCGUCAACAAUGGUCGCACAGUCGUUACCGGAGGCAUGGCAAAGGCAAUCAAGAUAGAACAGUUACUUUUGCAGAAUCCAUCGACGUCAAGCAGUGAGAAAUCACGACCACGCACCAGCGCGGUGAAGAAGAAUGCGAUCCAGAACCGUCAGCCGGUGCCUCGCCCGGAUCUGGUGCUCAAGACUUCAUCUACGGCCCUCGUACCGGCCAGUUCGCCAGCAUCUGAACGGUUCUCGUGGGAGUUCGACAAAGAGGAGUUGACUUCGACCCGACGUCGAAAACGAAAAUCGCCCGUCGAGGAGGAAGUAUUUCCGAUGAGAAAGGCUGUCAGGCUGCCUAGAUUUUCCGUCAACAUCUUCCACUCGGAGCCAGUCAACGUGUUUCCUAUUCCCAACGAAGGCGUAGUUCCGCGGAUGGUCAAGUACUAUUUGCAAGUUUGGGCAGAGCAGCAUGGUCGAGCACUUGCUUUUGAGGGCCAUCCCAAGCCGUAUCAGUCGUUGGUGUUUCCGUACGCCCUAGAGCAUGCUGUUCUGUUCGAAGCCAUGGUUGCGCUCAGCCGAGCGUCAUGGCUUUUGCAAGAAGGCAUUCCAUGGUCCAAAGACAGUGCGCUUGCAUAUCAUCGUGGCAAUGCCUUCGCUGCACUUCGUCUGAGAUUGACGUCUGAAGCAACAUGUGCGGACGACACCACCAUCUGUACUAUUGCGGCACUUACGACAAUUGAUUAUAUGCUCGGCGUCCACGAAGGUGCAGAGAACCACAUCAAUGCCAUGCAGCAGAUUCGCAAGAUUCGGACUGAUCUCAAAGGCGACACGCCGUGGCAAUACUUUGUCAUUUCCGCCAUGAAAGCUUACGACGCCCUGUGGCAGUUUGUCAAAGAUAGAAAUGAGGCCACCACUAGCAUGGCCCAGCUCUCCAUCGAAUCGCCCAUGCGCAACGAACUACCCGUCUAUCCUUCCCUUCCAUUCAAUAUCAAAGUUUGCGAGGCUCUCUCGAAGGUAUCGACGUCCUUCAACGACAUGGCCAUGGCCGGGGAAAUGUCUAUUCAAAUGAUCGACAUUCUCGCGAACCUAUCUAAAACAGCCAGAGGCGACGGCAGCGCCACACCGACCAGCUCACCUCCGAGCUCACCGGGAGGACGAAACUUGUUGAAUACAAUCGCUGAUCUUAGGUGUCUGUCGGUGAUGGCUACCACUUCCAUCGAACACAAGCUCUGCUUCGGCGUGAUUGGGACCUGCUUCACCCUCCAUUUUGGAGACGGAAAAAUCGGUGAGGAGUUUAAUGAGACACUUCAAGAGCUUGAAGACACACUCAUCGGCAAUGGCAAGCCCCGGCCGCAGCAAGAGAAAGCGCAGAAGAGUCAUCGAGAGUGUCUGAUUUGGGUGGCUAUGGCAGCCGCAGGUGCACUCGAACAGAGCGAGCUUCUGUCUGCUAUGAGUAUGGUGUUGGAUCAGACUUUGGACAAAUACCCCGAAGAGAUGGCUCAGUGGGAGACACUGGAAGGAAUCCUGAAGAAGUUCUUGUGGAACGAUCUUCUGGCGCGGCAUUGGAAAAGAUGCUGGGUCAAAGCUGUGCAGAGGCGGUCGAAUGCACGAUGACAGUAACCUUGGAGGACAAGAACUCUCAACAACUAAUAACCAGUAGCUCAACUUGGCUGGGAAUCUCAAGGAUUCUAUGGCGAAGGUUCACCCUCUACGAUAGAGUUGGUCCAUCGAACAACAUCCUGCCAUCCCGUGCGGCGGAUAAGGAGGCGUUCCACUGGGCACAACCGGCAACGAACGGUCAAACGUCCUACAGUAGAACGGCCUACCGAGGAAGACGCAACCCUAGCGACAACAUCCCCCUCGUCUCAGGGCAAAGCGCGGCAUUUGCGGCUUAGAGAAACAAUACCGAGUCUCUCGUCCCAGUGGUCUCACCGCCAGUUCAGCCUUAUAGGGCGACGAUGCUGUAUCAGCCGCACGCCACCUCCUGCGACAGUCUACCAAACGAGAGCCAGGAUCUGAUUGCAACGGGAACCGAGUUGCCACUCCGGAUCAGUGUCUUCCUCGCUCCUUAGUACCCUUAGCUGCAUUCCAUGUUGCCGGCUCCCAUCAGUUUCGCAGUCUCACCGAGUCAGCCCGAGGUCUUCCACGAGGCGACUGGCAAUCUCAGAACGUCUGGACGCCUAGUCCUGCAGUUUGUCGCAAGGAGAGGCAAAGGGUUCCGACGCUUUCCUUGAGAUCCAGCGGCUAGGCAGGCCCUCUGACUCGUCUAGAGCGAGGUGUGUUGUGGAGGAUAGAGACAGGAAAACUUUUACCUAGCCUCAGAAACCGUGCAUACAGUUCCGUCCGGGCCAACUUCAGACUCCACGGGAAAUGCAACGGCUGGUGGGCAUGCUCGUGGCUGGCGAAGGGGGAACCGGUGGGUGAUGUACGAGGUAUACGGGAGAAAAUCUCUGACAAUUCCGGCGGACAACGAUGCCUCUCGUCCAGCCUUUUUCUACCCCUGUCACCGGCUACGAGGGGGAAUACGACCCAUGCGAUCCGAGACGAUCUUCGAUAGAGCGGCCUCGUCAGUUGGCCACUUGCCCACAUGCCCUCAUGCCCACAUGCCCACGCGGCUGCUUGGGUUUUGCUGCUGGCACCCGACGAAUCACGCCCGUCGUUGUCCGCCACCCCAAGCCAAAUUUAGCAAAAAGCUCGUGCAUGUCCGUGUGUGGACGAGGGUCUAGUACGGAGC